AUGGAAUCUGUGUGGAACAACAAACGCAGCAAUAGUUCUAUAACCACCACAACCACGACUCCUACAGCAAUAACCCCAACUUCAACAGCGUCAACAAAACUCAUCCAACUUCAACGCACAAAUUCACCAAAUGGAGUUACUGGCAAUAUUUCCGCUUCCGCUGUUCUUCUAGCACCAACAACGCCCCUGGGAAUGGGCUCCGGGUUGGGAAGCAGUAGCGGUGGAGGCGGUUAUCUUGCUAAACAUCGUUUGAGUAUUACGGGCAGUGUAGUAGGAGAGGAUAAGGAUAAUAAAGAAAAAGAAAAUGGGAAUAGUAGUAAUGGUUUGGCAUUGCCGCGUCAACAAUUCACACCGAGUCCCACUAGUGAGAUUCACCCUUUGCACUUUACUUGGGUAUUCUGGUUUAUGCAUCGUAGUCCUGGGAGUAAGAUACUAAAUUACGAGAGUUCUAUGAAAAAGAUUGCAGCAUUUUCUUCGAUAGAAGAUUUCUGGGCAGUUUAUAGUCAUCUUCGAAGACCCAAUGAGUUACCUAAUAUUAGUGAUUAUCAUCUUUUUAAACAAGGUGUUAGACCUGUUUGGGAGGAUGAUACAAAUAUUAAUGGCGGUAAGUGGAUUGUGAGGUUAAAGAAAGGUUUGGCAAGUCGAUAUUGGGAGAGUUUGGUAAUGGCGGUAAUUGGCGAUCAAUUUGAUGUUGGCACGGAAAUUUGCGGUGCGGUGCUGUCCAUUCGCAGUUCGGAGGAUAUUUUGUCCCUGUGGAAUCAGUCUGCACAUGAAGGAAGGAUUAAUUUAAAAAUAAG